AUGUGCUUUAUAAGUCCCGCCUCGUGCACUCUUUGCGAACACAGUUCGCGAGACAAACAGCAGACUACACUUACAGAAAUGGCAGAAGAAGCUCCAGCAGCGGCCCCGGCUAAAGCCGCACCAAAAGCCCCGAAGAAGAAGAGCACUCCCCGGCCCAAGAAGGACGGACCCAGCCUCAGUAAGCUGAUCAUCGGUGCUGUGGCGGAGUCUAAGGAGCGGAAAGGGUUGUCGGUGGCGGCGCUCAAAAAGCUUCUGGCGGCCAAAGGCGUCGAUGUCGUAAAGGCUAACAAACGCAUUAACACUACAGUCACUAAGCUGGUGACUAAAGGCACUCUGACCCAGACUAAAGGGACAGGGGCGUCCGGCUCCUUCAAGCUCGCCAAGGAGACCAAACCCACCAAGCCGGCUAAGAAAGUAGCGAAGAAGAAAGUCGCAGUUAAAGCCAAGAAGCCCGCAGCGGCAAAGAAACCUGCAGCUGCCAAGAAACCCGCAGCGGCAAAGAAGACUGCAGCGAAGAAGCCCGCAGCUAAGAAAUCCCCCAAGAAGGCACCGGCCAAGAAAGCUGCUGCUGCCAAAAAGGUCACGAAGAAGACUCCUAAAAAGACCCCCGCCAAGAAGGUCAAGGCAGUGAAGAAGACUCCUGUCAAGAAAGCUCCGGCAAAGAAGAGUGCAGCAGCCAAGAAGUCCAAGAAGUGAAGCAGCUGUUGUUCAUUCAGCACUCAAAGCACCAAAAGGCUCUUUUAAGAGCCACCACAUCUGCUAAAGUGCAUCUCCUGCUCAUACAUCAUACUGUUCAUAUAAUAACUACCACUUAGAAUCUAGUAAAUGAUCAUUUAACGAUAGAAUUUAUCAGUAAUAUAACGUACAUCCUACAAGCCUUGUUUACUUUUGAUACUUUGUGCAUUUAACUGCCACUUUCUGAUUUUUGUUUUUGUGAUACAUUUGCAGGAAUUUACAAAUGUUUUCUUCCGUGAAGAUCUGCAGAUCUUAGCCUGUAUACUAGAAUAUAAUAGUAAUGAUGUUUUUUUUUAAAGUGUUUAACAUUGUCUGCACAUUUAUAGACAAAACACACCAAAGCACAUAUAAAUAAUCAAUACAUCUCUACAUGAAAGCGUUAAAACGAACACAAUGAUGCCAACAGACCAUGAGUGCUAAAAGAUGAGAACCAGCAUUAACUAUAUCACAUAUUAAUACAUUUUAAUUCUCACUGUCCACCUGUGCUAUACAGCUGCUUAUCUUUAGGGUGAAAAGUGCAGAGAACAGAAAAUAUUGGACACAAAUGAGGAUAUUGUUUGUCUUUUGACACCAGACGCUGCA